AUGGCGGGCAAUGGCGGGGAGAUCCAAUGGUGUUUUUCUCAAGUGAAAGGUACCAUAGAGGAAGAAAUUACCGAAGCUGAUAUCAUCUCUUGUGUUGAAUUCAACAUUGAUGGAGAACUCCUGGCCACAGGUGACAAAGGAGGCCGUGUUGUCAUUUUCCAGCGCGAUAAAUCUAUUGAUGCUAUCAACUCAGAAUCCAUGAUUGCAGAAUCGGACCCUGGAACAGCUUCUCUCGUACCAGACAAUGAGGACACGGAUAUUGAGGGCUCCCCCCCAAGUUUGAAUUUAGCGCGCUCGCAGAACAGCCAAUUAGCUGUACCAGUUCGUGGGGAAUAUAAUGUAUACAGCACCUUCCAAAGUCAUGAACCUGAGUUUGAUUAUCUUAAAAGCCUUGAAAUAGAGGAAAAAAUAAAUAAAAUCAAAUGGCUCAAGAGAACAAAUCCGGCUCAUUUCUUACUUUCUACCAAUGAUAAAACAAUCAAGCUGUGGAAAGUAACAGAACGAGACAAGCGACCAGAAGGUUACAAUUUAAAAGAUGAAGAGGGCUUGUCCAGGGACUCAACCAACAUUACAGCUUUACGUGUACCAGUAUUCAAACCCAUGGAGCUUUUGGUGGAAGCUAGUCCGCGUCGUAUUUUUGCAAAUGCACAUACUUAUCACAUCAAUUCGAUCUCUGUCAACAGUGAUCAGGAAACUUAUUUAUCAGCAGAUGACCUCAGAAUCAAUUUGUGGCAUUUAGAAGUAACUGAUCAGAGCUUCAAUAUUGUGGAUAUUAAACCUGCAAACAUGGAAGAACUGACAGAAGUGAUCACUGCAGCAGAAUUUCAUCCAACAGAAUGCAGUUUAUUUGUAUAUAGCAGUAGUAAAGGAACUAUUCGAUUAUGUGAUAUGAGAGCCCAGGCUCUUUGUGACAGACAUGCCAAGUUGUUUGAAGAACCUGAAGAUCCAACAAAUAGAAGUUUCUUCUCAGAAAUUAUCUCCAGUAUAUCAGAUGUCAAAUUUAGUCAUAAUGGUCGAUAUAUGAUUACCCGAGAUUACCUCUCUGUGAAAGUAUGGGAUCUGCAAAUGGAUUCCCGACCUAUUGAAACUUAUCAAGUGCAUGAAUACCUCCGCAGCAAGCUCUGCUCACUCUAUGAAAAUGACUGUAUAUUUGAUAAAUUUGAAUGUGCUUGGAGUGGAGGUGAUCGGUACAUCAUGACUGGUUCUUACAAUAAUUUCUUCCGCAUGUUCGACAGAGAAACAAAACGUGAUAUAACAUUGGAAGCUUGCCGUGAAAACAUGCGAACAAGGACUAUAUUAAAACCUAGGAAAGUUGGUACUGGGAAUAAACGUAAGAAAGACGAGAUAAACGUUGACUGUUUAGACUUUAAUAAAAAGAUUCUGCAUACUGCCUGGCAUCCUUUGGAAAACAUUCUGGCUGUGGCUGCUACUAAUAAUUUGUAUAUUUUUCAGAGUAAAGAUUAG